GGUGUCACGCACAAAAACCAAAACAAAAAAAUCCCGAACAUCUGCUGUCAAAGCAGUUGGUCUCAGUGUGAGAGGCGGUCUUAUUGAAUAUUCUAAUUUGUUUAUAAAUUUAAAGAUAUUUAAGUGCAAAGUUGGUAUGGAAUUAAGGGUUUAAGCACGAUGGGUUUCGAAGUUACGAGAUUUCAGGGCCCCGUGGACGAGGAGCUCGUCUGUCCGAUUUGCACCGGAGUUUUGGAGGACCCCUUACAAGCUCCAGAAUGUGAACAUGUAUUUUGCAAAUCAUGUAUAACCCAAUGGAUCUCCCGACAGCCCACUUGUCCUGUGGACAGGCAGAGUUUAACUUCUGCACAGUUGACCCAAGUGCCUAGGAUUCUUAGAAAUUUACUGGCAAGACUAGUUAUAAGUUGCGAUAACGCACAGUACGGAUGCCCUAGGGUGCUAAACUUAGACACGUUAUCCACACAUUUAGAAGAAUGUGAGCAUAACCCAAAAAGGCCGAUCCUUUGUGAACAGGGCUGUGCUUUGGUCGUACCCAAAGAUGAACUAAAAGAACACAACUGUAUCAAAGAGUUAAGAUCUUUGAUCAACAAACAGCAACAGAAAAUGAACGAGUAUCAGCACGAAUUUAACGAACUGAGAUUCUUUAUUAUUGAACAAAGGAGAGAAAUGCAGUUAUUAAAAGACUUUAUGAGAGCUCUGAAAACGUCGAAUCCUUCUAUGAGAGCGAUUGCAGACGCGAUGGACAGAGAGCAACAAGAUAGAGAAGUGGUACGGUGGAGCAGUUCCUUACAAAGAGCUAGAGUUACUAGGUGGGGAGGCAUGAUUUCAACACCUGAUGAUUCUUUACAGAGGAUGAUUAAAAGGACACUGACAGAAAUGGGUUGUCCGUCACAUAUAUUAGAUGAUCUUAUGGAAAAUUGCCACGAAUGUCGAUGGCCCCCCGGUUUAUGUUCCCUAGAAACCCGUCAAAAUAAUAGAAGACAGUAUGAGAGUUAUGUGUGUAAAAGGGUGCCAGGCAAGCAGGCUGUCCUGGUCCUUUAUUGCGAUAACCAACACAUGGGUGAAGAGAUGAUGUUAGAGCCGGGUCUUGUGAUGAUUUUUGCCCACGGGGUGGAGUAAAAUGUUGUCAAUCUUCUUCAUUGGUUUAAAUGUAAAACAUUCCACAUUUUCUCUUGUAUUACAUUACUGCCGCCCUAACAUGAAAGGUCUUAUCUGCAAAAUGUAGUUUUUUGGGAAAUCAGUUUUUUGUUUGUUUUCAUUAUAUAUGAAGAGGUAUUUUAGCAAACUCUUCAUGGUUUAUUUUAUAUAUUAAGUCGGAAACAGGAUCUAAUUGGUAAAAAUAAUAAUUGAGAUACCUCUUACCAAUUAGUAGAUUUUUGAUUAUAUUGUCACUUAGGACAAUAUAGCCUAGUAUAUGAAAUAGAUGUUGUUAAUAUUUUACUUACGAAAACUGUCCUAAAUGAAACUAAUAUUCUAAUUUACUAAACGGCUUUAUUUAUUAUACCAAAUUUUAUAAACUUAUUACGUGUAAUAGGUAUAUAACGAAAUGAACAUACUAAAAAAAUAGAAAUAUUAAUCUAUUUCUUCCUCAAAACCGUCUUCGCUAACCGGCAGAUCUUCCCAAAAUUUCAUACGAUUUUGAGGAAUGUGCGCUUUUAAUUUGGAUGUAAGAUUAUUUUUUCGAGCUAAAGCCACACCGCGACAUACAUUACGAGAUUGCGGUUGCGUUAGCGUGCCCUUAACAUACUUCAUUAUGAAAAUGUCUUUCAAGUCUGUAAAAUCGUUGUCAAAUUCUGUUUUGUAAGAAAAAAGUAAUUUCCUCUUUUAAAAAGAAGACAAAUCAUAUCUUUUAAGUAAACGCGAGAAAUAAGCUUUUGUAACUUAUAUUUGGAGGUAUAGUCGGUAAAGUUAAAAAAUUGUGCAAGUUGCAUUUUUAUUACAUUAACUUUUGACGAAUUGGCUUGUUUUACCACUUUACAAAAAUCGUCAAAAUCGUAUACAUUUUUUUUUCCUUUUGAGGGCAAGCUCAACUUGGUGAUGGAACGAAUCGGCUGCCAUAAAAGUAUGGCCUGGCUCAAAAAACUUAAUAGUUAUGUUUUCUACGGCAACUUCUAAACUGUUAACCAAAUACAUAAAGAAACUAAAAAGGGACCAAUUUUUAUUUUGGCUCGAACAAUUAUCAAGCCAAAUUGUUAUAUGUUUAAUGUCCCUAUUUGCCUGAAAAAACGCAUAGAAAGUAGAAAUGAUAUCAUCUUUGGAUCUGCCAGCGAUUCCCUCAUGCCACAACACAGCAUUGCAUGAUACUAUACGUGGCGUGAAAAUAAUUUCUUUGAAUGUUUCCAAUCGGGGAAGCAUGAUCACCUGAAAAUUAACAAAACUGUAUUUAAGUAAUUAUAUGCAAAUUCUUAAAUAAACAUUUUACCUUUUGCAAAUCAGCAGCUACAUAAAUUUCAUCAUCUUGUUUUAUUUUCUCUGCAUCUUCCUGAUAAUUUUUUCUCGCGUUAGUGGCCUUUACUUUAUGAAUUUCCUAUUUUUUGCACACAUCACAGUUGGCAACGUUUUCCGCAUCAGCUUCAUGAGAUGUGGCUUUUUUGUGUAUAUUAAAUUCUUCGCAGUCCCAGUAUUCUUCAUUUCCUAAGUUCGCGAAGGAUAUAUUUAGGUCAUUAGUAACAAUUUUUCGGUAUAAUUCGUAAGAAAAUUCGGUAUUUGGAUAUUUCUGUCAAAAAUCCUUGUACAUCAAGGUUAUAUUUAUAUCACUAGGAAGGUUUUCUAAGAGGAGCGUGCUCUCUUCUGUAGUGAGAUAUUGUGGGGUUGAAUGAAUUAACAUGCCCAAUAAUUAUGUCCCUGUCUACUUUGUGUGGGUGUGAUCGUUUUCUUUCAUCUUUUUUAGGUACUAUCAAUUUUGAAUCCGUUUUAUGAAUGUUUUUCAACAUUCUGUCAUUAUCUUUCUCAUAGCCCAAUGUCGCUAACAAAAAUAUCUUGCAAACACACACCUUUUCGGCUUUCUCUGAUAUUAAAUUAUAUUUAUAGGAAUAAACUCUUGGUGAAGUUUGCUUUUUAGUUGUACUUCGUUUUUUUUACUUGGUUCUACGCAGCUCAAAACAAACCGCUUUUGUUGUUCUUUUGGCAAUACCCAGUAUUGUUUAUUAAUGUCUUUUUGCCUACUAUACGAGAUUUUUCUGGAGCAAUUGAGUUUGCAUGAUCACAUGAUCUUUUAACUUCAUGAGCUCUUACGUAACUCUCUAUUUUUUGUUUCUUCCUUUCAAUGGGUGGUUCUUCAAUGUUUUUUUUCUUAUUUCUCCAGUUUUUGUAUAACGUUUACACUCAGCUUUAUCAAUGGCUUUAUUUAUAAUAUCUUAUAAAAUAUUGUCCCGAAUGAAAUCCUGAACAGAGUUAAGUUCGUUCUCUUCUGGUUCUAUAUUUGAUAGAUUCUCUUUACGUUCUUCUACUUCGAUAUUCGAAUAACCUGAUAGCAAAACAUUGGACAAUAUGCGUAUUUUUUUACUUGGGGGGCUGUAUUCGCAAUCACUGUCGUCGUAAUCAUUGGACAGUCCUGGCACAUAAUCCGGAUCUUUAUCAUCUUUUUUGGCUUCAUUCUGUUUAGAUUUUCUGACAACAUUUAAUUUUUCUUUGAGUUGGUUAUUUAAAGCAAGAAAUAGCAUACGUUUAGAUCUACUAUUGCUGUUCUGGAUACCAGAUGCACUACUGCUACUACAAACCAGAAUUAAAAUCAAUUAUUGCUUAAAUAUAAGGUGACAUUGUUAAACUUACCCUGCAUCCAUUUCUCGCAAUAUUAGUUUUGCUUAAAAAUGCAAAAAAACUCACAAAGUCUGACAAAUAACUGUAUAACAACACACCUUUUAUUAUCAAUAAUUUAAGGUUAUGUUACACCAGGUGCUUCUGUCAUGCUACGCUUAAUUGUCCUUACUGAUAUCGUUUAACACAAAAUGCUAGCUUAAAUAGUCCUAACUGCAUUUUUAAAGUAAAAACGGACAUAUUUUCUUAAAAUGUGAGAUCGGACAAUUUAUCUUAGCAAACCUGGGAAUUUAUUCAUUUAGGACAAAACAUUUAGGCAUUAAAUAAAGCACUUAAAACGCAUAUAGGACAAUUUGACUUUGUACACGUAUAAAUAACUCGUUUACAAAUACUAGGAGCCAAAAAAGUGAAUUUGCCAAAUUUUGCAGAUAUGACCUUUCUUGUUAGCAGGGCAGAUUAGGUUUCAUAUUAAAUUCAUUCAACUCAUGGUCAUAUUUUGUUUUUACUUAAAUGAUUUUUAUCUUACAGUUCUGGGGUUUAAUAAGGAACUGGUGCUAUUAAAAACAUGACCAAAUACUCUCGCUGUCCUUCAUUUAAUUUAAAUUUCACUGUCGUAGGAGAAAUUAUUUUUUUGUACGGUUAUUGCUGUACUUUUCUGAAACCAAAAAUCUACAACAUCUAUGUAUAAAUUUAGGUUAAUUCGAUUUAAAAAAAAAGAACUGAUUUUUAGAAAAAUGUUGCUUUUAAUGUCUAGGAAAGUACUUGUGAAACUUUAUAUAGAGAGUCGUUGUUAUUUAGUGUUUUUUUUUAAAUAUAUUCUUAUAAGUAGUGCUUCUUUCUAAUGUUAUCUAAAUUAUAUAUGAGAGUGAAGCGGACAUUUCGCUUUAUUCAAUAUGCUAAACAAUAUACAGGGGUUUUAAACAGUCUAAAUUCUUUGAUAAACUACAGAGGUUUCUUAUUCUCUGUCAUUAUUAGUCAAACCUCCCAGCGAUCUCAAGGUGUAAUGGUGAUUAAAAAAAAAUUAUGUACAUGUUUUAAAUCUUCUGUAUAUUUGUUGUGCAAUUUCGUUUUAAAGAUCUCGCUUAAUGCCUGGGUCAAAAACAAAAAAAAAAUGGUGAAUGAUCACGUUUACCCUAGUCAAGUAAUCGAAUAUGUUAGGGUCUUUAUUUGUGAUUUUUUUAAUUAUUUAUGUUUGUUAGUUAUUGAUUUGACGCCAUUCUGAUUAUUAUUUUGUUGCUACAUAUCGCCCAAGCAAGUUAUUUUUUUUAAGAAUGGGGUAUUUAUACGUUAAUAUAGAGUAUACAAUGUGA